UUUACCCAAUGCCGCUGCCUCACUGUCACUGAUUGUCUCUUCAUUUCUUCAUUUCUACUCUUCAAUCUGUGUCUACCUCGCUCUCUCUUCCCAUAUAAAGAAACAGCGCAUUUAAGUUGAAAUUCCCCAGAAAGAACCCAUUCCAAAACUCCUCUUACGGGCGUCUUCCGAGAUGGUUGGGCUGUCGUGGCCUUCUGAAUCAGAGCUAGAUGGAAUAAGAAAAGUAGUUGCUCAAAUGAGUGGGAGAGGUACUGAGGAAGUAAGGGUUGCUGUUUCACCAUAUAGGAUUUGUCCAUUGGGAGCUCAUAUUGAUCAUCAGGGUGGAAUUGUUUCAGCCAUGACAAUCAACAAGGGUAUAAUUUUAGGGUUUGUUCCUUCUGGUCACCCUCAGGUCAUACUACGUUCAGGACAAUUUAAAGGAGAAGUUAGGUUUAGAGUUGAUGAGGUUCAGCACCCAAGGAAUACUGUCAAGCCCAAUGACAAUGUCCAUGUAAAUGGUUCAUCCAAGUCUCAGGAAGAAUGUAGUUGGGGAAAUUAUGCCAGAGGAGCCUUAUAUGCGCUACAAAGUAGGGGGAAUCAAAUCACUCAGGGUAUCAUGGGAUUCAUUUCUGGGUCUGAGGGACUUGACAGUUCAGGCCUCAGCUCUUCUGCCGCUGUUGGAGUGGCGUACCUGUUGGCUCUUGAAAGUGCGAAUAGUUUGAUGGUAUCUCCCACAGAAAAUAUUGAAUAUGAUCGGCUGGUUGAAAAUGAAUAUUUAGGUCUGCGAAAUGGCAUAUUGGAUCAAUCAGCUAUAUUACUUUCAAGGCAUAGUUGUUUAACUAUCAUGAACUGCAAGACCAAGGAACACAAGCUUAUACAUCCGCCAAAGUUGCAGAAGAAUCACAAUAUUGAGGAGCCAAAAGCAUACAAGAUACUAUUGGCAUUUUCAGGCUUGAAGCAUGCUCUGACAAAUAAUCCUGGUUAUAAUCAACGAGUUGCUGAGUGUCAAGAAGCUGCAAGAGUUCUUCUGCAUGCUUCUGAAAAAGGUGAUAUGGAACCUUUCCUGUCCAAUGUUGAACCAGCAGCCUAUAAAGCUCACAAGGGCAAGUUGGAACCUAAUCUAGCUAGAAGAGCUGAGCAUUAUUUCUCAGAAAAUAUGCGGGUUAUUAAAGGACUUGAAGCAUGGGCCUCUGGUAGAUUGGAAGAAUUUGGAGAGUUAAUCUCAGCAUCUGGUCUAAGUUCUAUUAAGAACUAUGAAUGUGGUUCUGAGCCAUUGAUACAAUUGUAUGAGAUACUCCUGAGGGCUCCUGGAGUAUAUGGAGCACGGUUUAGUGGUGCUGGAUUUAGAGGGUGUUGUAUUGCAUUUGUUGAUGCCGAAUGUGCAGCAGAAGCUGCAUCAUUUGUGAUGGAGGAGUAUCGGAAGGUUCAGCCUAAGUUGGCUAGCCAGAUAAACCCAGACAAAGCAGUUCUGAUAUGCGAAGCAGCUGACUGUGCUCGGGUAAUCUAAAUGAGUGAUCAUUUCAUCAAAACUAUACUAUACCCCCAUUUCUCUUCUUUCAUUCACUCAUCAUUUUUUUUCCCCUGUAUGUGAUUUCAUUUAUAUUCUUUGUUUUUUUGCUUUUAUUUUUUAUUUAACUUAACCAAGCCUCCUGUUGAAUCUCCUGCACUCUGUGAAACUGAGUUGAAUCUUCUGUGCCUGGUAAAAGCAAUUAAAGGGGAAUUAUUUUUAUUUUA